CGGCUUUCCUGGAGCAGUGAUGGCGCGCGCGGGCGCGGGGAAGCGGACGCCGUUGUAGCUGACUCAGCGGCGGGCCUGAGACGGCCCUAGCUCCGGACUCGCACCAUGGCCCCCAUGGGCAUCCGCCUGUCCCCCCUGGGGGUGGCCGUGUUCUUCGUGCUGGGGCUCGGGGUGCUCUACCACCUCUAUUCGGGCUUCCUGGCCGGCCGCUUCAGCCUCUUCGGCCUGGGCGGCGAGCCGGCGGGCGGGGAAGCUGAGUCGGCAGUGGACGGCGGCUCGGUGGACCUGCGCGAGAUGCUGGCAGUGGCGGUGCUGGCGGCCAAGCGCGGCGGCGACGAGGUGAGGCGAGUCCGCGAGAGCAAUGUCCUCCACGAGAAGUCCAAGGGGAAGACGCGCGAGGGCGCCGAGGAUAAGAUGACCAGCGGCGACGUGCUGUCCAACCGCAAGAUGUUUUACCUGCUGAAGACGGCCUUCCCCAAUGUGCAGAUAAAUACUGAGGAACAUGUGGAUGCGUCUGACAAAGAGGUCAUUGUAUGGAAUCAUAAGAUCCCUGAGGACAUCCUAAAGGAAAUAGCUGCUCCUAAGGAGGUUCCAGCAGAAAGUGUGACUGUCUGGAUUGAUCCACUUGAUGCUACACAGGAGUACACAGAGGAUCUUCGAAAGUACGUCACCACCAUGGUGUGUGUAGCUGUGAAUGGCAAGCCUGUGCUCGGAGUUAUUCAUAAGCCAUUUUCUGAAUAUACAGCUUGGGCAAUGGUAGACGGUGGUUCAAAUGUGAAAGCCCGUUCUUCCUACAAUGAGAAGACCCCAAAGAUCAUGGUAUCUCGCUCACAUGCAGGGAUGGUCAAACAGGUUGCUCUUCAGACAUUUGGAAACCAGACUUCAAUCAUCCCAGCUGGUGGUGCUGGUUAUAAAGUUUUAGCACUCUUGGAUGUCCCUGAUAUGAGUCAAGAAAAAGCAGAUCUAUAUAUUCAUGUGACGUACAUCAAAAAGUGGGAUAUAUGUGCUGGCAAUGCUAUCUUAAAAGCCCUUGGGGGGCAUAUGACCACUCUGAGUGGUGAAGAGAUCAGUUAUACUGGGUCUGAUGGCAUUGAAGGGGGACUCCUUGCUAGCAUCAAAAUGAACCACCAAGCUCUUGUAAGAAAACUUCCAGAUAUAGAAAAGUCAGGACAUUAGCAUUCCUGAGCACAGGGUGCAACUCUUCCAGAUGUGAAUUGUUCGGCCUGAACUGUUGGAAGCUUUGGCGGACUGGUGGAGAAGGUGCAUGGUUAAGGCCGUCCUAGACCUUUGGAAGUACUUAUGAAGCAUCAGAGACUUACUUUCCCUUAAUAGGAUGCAAAAUCAGGGAAAUUAGGUUGCUUCAUUUCUCAAGUAUUGUCUUUAUUUUUGAGACUAUUUUCAUACAGUUGUCAUACACAAGGCGCAUAUAUAUAUAUAUGUGUGUGUAUAUAUAUUUGUGAAUUAAAAUCUAGAGUUGAGUCUACACUGUUACGAGUCACCAUUUUCACUCAACAAAUGAUGAUUCUGCACUGUUGAUACGUACAGAUUGGGUUUGAGGAAGGCUUUGUUUUGUGUAAAUUUGAGGUUGUGUCUUAUUUACAAUAAAGUCAUUAGUAAUUUUUACUCCUCAGAUGGAAAGCACAAGAAGUCUCAUUCAUUAAUAUACAAGUCCAUAUAAACAGAACAAGCUCUGCUCAUCCACGAUUUCUAUGGAUUUAGUAGGAAAGGCUUAGAUUAUUGUCUUUGAAAUUUUACUAACAGAUUCACCAGCUGGUAGAAAAUAUAGACAAAUGAUGGACUCCAUUAGAAUUAGAAUGUUCUGUGAAUGUGUGUUUUGUUUUGAUAAGGAAAGUGUAUUUAUGGUUUCAACAUUUCUGGGAUGUUGCUGUUGAUUUUCUUUUUGCCAUAAAAGGUGCCAUUGUUCGCCCUUUCUCUACUGACCAGGGUUUAGUUUUUACUUGUAAAGUGGUUUUAGAUUUCAAUAUUAGCACCAUGAUUUGCUAUAUUUCCUCUUUAGAGAUGAAUUGCAAUGUAAGACACUAUAAGAAUAAAUGAUUCUGUAAUAAUUGAAAAUUACUUGACAUAUGGAUUGACUUGUUUUAGUAAUUUUGUUUUAGUAAAAAUGUUAAACCUUGCCAGGUUUAUCUGUAGACGUUCUUUUAUUAUCAAGAAUGGACAUGGUUCUUUUUUAGCUAUUAAUAGACUUACUUAACAUAACUAAAUUUUCAAAGGAAUGACCUUUGACACAAUUCUAUAGUUUCCUCAUUGAUAAAUUUUUUUUCACUUAUUUGGCAGAGUGUGGUUAGAAAAAGAUACAGUGGCAUUUGUCAUGUUGCUGUAACUUAAGA